AAAAAUUACGACUAUGGUUUUGAUGCACAAUGACAAGCUGCUGCCCGACCACGAUAUGUUUGGGCACUCCAAGUACAGCAUUGCGGAUAAAUCGAUUGCGCAGUACAAUGACGAUCACCAACUCAUCGCACAGGCGCUGAUGAUCGAGACGAAAAGGGAUGAAGAAGAAGAUGACAGAGCGCUGGAGAAGUUGAAAAACGACCUGGAGACGCCCCUCCUGCACAUUCAUUUUCAUCUCACCCAACUCCGCACGGGUAUGGAGGAAGUGCAACAGAAGGGAGGCCUGCGGGUCACAAACGAAGGUGGUGGCGAAGUGGAGAAAAAGUCCGUGCGAGCGGUUUACCUGGAGGAGGAACUGCACAACAUUCAUAGCAAAUGGAACGAGUACCUGUACAAGAUGCGCAACAGUGCGCAGGAGUUUAUCAAGUACCUCCGCUACCAGGCGGAUAAGGGCGCGGACAGUAUGACCAUUCUGUUCACCGACCUGACCGAAGACAGCAUGCGCAAGAUGCUCAUGCUCUUCGGGGACGACGACGGGAGCUGGAGUCUAUGCAUUGCAAAAGUAUCGUACUAGUAUGAAUUGCAUUACAAAUUUUGGCAAGAAGGAAAGCGGAGUUUGUAAUGCUGCUUUGCCUUAGGAAAAAAAUUUGUCAUGCAUAUUUGCAAUUAGUACGAGUACGAUACUUUUGCACAGGAUAGAGUCGGUCCUUGUACAAGGUCGCCACGUACCAGGGUGCAAAUAUGUCUGGGUCUGGAAGAGUGCAUGCUUGUCAUGCUUGUCUGACAUGACUCUUAAAUCUGUCAUGCACGUUACCCAACAAGAGCCCCACUUUUCUGUCAUGCAGAAACGCAGUUUGUCAUGCAGAAUAGGCAACACCUAGAAGCUCGGAAUAAACUUGUCAUGCUGAGCCAGCACUUGCGGCCUCCUCACGAUACGCCACCCAGCAUCACAAAUUUCCAGACCCAAACAUAUUUGCAAUGCAUACCACGUACCAGGGCGCGCUGCGCGAGGAGCCACUGCAGCUGCAGCCGGACGGCCUGACCACGUUGCGGCAGCGUUGGCAGCUCAACUCCAAGGCCACACAGCUGAAUUUCGCUGGGGCCGGGCAAGCAGAGACCUCGAGCCACAACUCCGCCCGUGCGGAGGCCGCGCGUUUGGAGAGCGAGGGAAAAAUGAGCUUCGACCAGGAUGCGAAGCGGCAAAAGCAGCAGCGGCUGCAAAACCGACGGAAAUCUACGAGUGGAAAAAUAAACUCCUCGGGCCAAUUGCUCCAGGAACACCACCAGAACCAACUAUCAAAUGCAAAUAUGUCUGGGUCUUCAAGAGUGCCAGAUUUGUCAUGCUAGGUAGUCUGGCAUGACACGGAGCUCUGUAUUGCGUGGGUAGCAACAGCUGCUCUUGUCUGUCAUGCAAAAAAUCUGCUUGUCAUGCGGAAUACGCAACGCGGAGCCAUUACGGUGUCGUGCUUUACAGCCAUGUAAUAUGUCAUGCUUGGCGGUGCAUAAUUACAGUGUGUUUUCUAUUCACUGACAUGCAUCACAACUUUCCAGACCCAGACUACGUGUUUGCAGUUGAUACCAGCUCGAGCAGUACAAUUUUGUCCUCUCUGAAUUUGAGCGGCGGGGCAUUGAAUUUUUGCUGAAAAUCGGCGAAAAACCCAUCUUCCCGAUCGUGAACUUCGCGCUGGUCGCGGGUAUCGUCGCGCUGGACACCUUUGCGGCCGUCGCGAUCUGUCCCAAGUUGCUGAGCGCGCGGUUCGUGGCUGAG